ACGCAGUCGGCAAAGCUGCCGGGCGCUGGCGGCUGCAUGGGCGGCUGGCGCAAACACGAGGCGAUUGUUGGUCUGCUUGGUUUCCUUCCUGUAAAAGGAGGUUACGUGAACCGACAAGUGCGAGAAAGGCUGUCACGAAGAGAAUUUUAUUCAGUGUAGUGGUAUUAUAGGUAUUAUACUAGUACUGGGAAUACUACUGUAAGUGUUGAGCCGAACAACGCGAUACAAUGGCCGAAGGAGCUGCUCUGCGUGUACAAACUGCCGUAGACAACAUGGUCAAGGAACUCGACAACUCUUAUCUCCGCAAAAUAUUGGGCAAUGUGCACAGGUGUGCAGUUAAGUGUUGUGACAAUUCCAGCUUGUCAAUGGAUGGUGCUCGCACGUGCAUCAUGAACUGCUCUGAACCUCUUAACAAAGCCCAGAGUAAAGUCGAAGGUGAACUUGGAAACUUUCAGGAACGCAUACGAAUGUGUGUUAUGCAGUGCGAGAAUGACGUGCGGGACCAGAUGAGCUCAACGUUAACAGAAGCAGAAGCCUCCAAGUUGAAAGGCCAAUAUGAGUCGUGUGUUGUGACGUGUGCGGACAAACAUAUUGCUCUUUUGCCACAGAUGCAGCGAAGAAUGAAAGAGUUGUUAAGUCAACUUUAGAGGCCAGUGUACACUGUUGUGUACAUAGUUCGUACCGAUCCUUGUAUUUCUAGGAUGAGUUAACAUGCCAUGUAGCUCCGCUCGUUGCCUUCUACCAUAAAUGUUUGAUGAAAGGACGAUCAUAUUUUGCUUUCAUUGGGGUUUUAUUACAGACACUUUCGACAUCAUUUGCUUAGUUGUAGUCCUCAGGCCUUAAAAGGGUAAUUGACAGUGCGUCAAGGGGUUCCAGAGUGUUGAUAUAGUAAUGCCUAAUGUAAGGUGAUUUAGGUACAUGAAAUAGUGGAGUGAACUGCACCAAAACUGCAUUGCUCUAUCCCAGUAUAAGCUCUGGCUUCACAUCCAGCAGCAGUCCUUAUGCAUCUGCAUUAUAUUACAAAGUAUAAAUCUACAUGACAUGUUGGAUUGGGCUUGGUGGUAUGUCACUUUAAAAAAAAAGGCGGGUCAACCAAAGUCAAUACGAAAAAAGACACGGCCUACAUACACCUGUGAGCAAAAGUAUGGACCGUAAGGUCACCAAAAAUACUUAAUUUCUUUGUAAUUAACAGGCAUAAGCUGAAAUUGACGAGUGCACAGGAAAGUUUGCAAUGCCAAGUUUGGAUUGCAGUCCUCAAUUUCAGUUUAUAUUCAAAGGCAGAGGCGAAAAUAAGAUUUAUCAUGCAAUCUCUGUUCCGUAUAUUUUUGUUCACAGGGUACAUCUUAUGUGUAUGUAUUGAAAUUCGGUCAAUAAAGGUAAUGCAAUGUUCAA